UUUUGCAGUGAAAGCAGAUUUACUAGUGUGAAGAGUCGAGAUCAAACGAGCUGACAGUUUGCUGUCUGUCUGCGUUGAACAACUGCUGUCAAACUCAACCAAACACAACAUGCUCGCGCGGGCUUUUGCGAAAGGACUGUGUAAGCGACUUUCAAGGGAAAGCACGCGGGCUGUCGGACUCGGAGCAACGGGGCGGCAGGACAGACAAGCUUCCACAGAGGUGACACUCAGGAAAACCCCGCUGUAUGACUUCCACAGGGCUCAUGGUGGGAAGAUGGUGGAGUUUGCAGGUUGGAGUAUGCCUGUGCAAUACAAAGACAGUCACAUUACCUCACACAUGCACACGCGCCAGCACUGCUCCAUCUUCGAUGUCAGUCACAUGCUACAGACUAAAGUCUAUGGUAAAGACAGAGUGAAGUUCAUUGAGUCUCUGAUUGUUGGAGACAUUGCGGAGCUGAAAGACAACCAGGGCACUUUGUCCCUCUUCACAAACUCUAAAGGAGGAAUCAUGGAUGAUCUGAUUGUAACUAAAACAGAUCAAGACUACCUGUAUGUCGUCUCCAAUGCUGGCUGUGCGGACAAAGACUCCGCUCACAUGCAGGCCAGACUGCAAGAGUUUAAAUCAGCAGGUCAUGAUGUUGAUUUAGAGUUCAUGGAAGAAAGUCUAAUCGCUCUGCAGGGACCAUCAAUGGCUCGGGUUCUCCAGAAGGGUGUGGGUGAUGACCUUAAGAAGCUGACCUUUAUGACCAGUGUUUUGACCCCAGUGUUUGGCAUCCAGGGCUGCAGGGUCACACGCUGUGGAUAUACAGGAGAGGAUGGAGUUGAGAUUUCUGUACCAAGUAAGGAGGUUGUCUCGCUAACUGAAAAGCUGUUAGCUGAUAGUGAGGUGAAACUUGCUGGUCUUGGUGCAAGAGACAGUCUUAGGCUGGAGGCGGGACUUUGUCUCUAUGGCAACGACAUUGAUGAGACCACUACACCUGUGGAAGCAACUCUUGUCUGGACUAUAGGUAAGCGUCGUCGACAGGCAAGAGAUUUUCCUGGCGCUGACAUCAUUGUACCACAAAUAAAGGCAAAGACUCCAAGAAAAAGAGUGGGACUGAUCUCCACUGGACCCCCUGUCAGACAACACACACCCAUCCUGUCCUCUGAUGGCAGAGUUAUAGGCGAGGUCACCAGCGGAUGCCCGUCCCCCUGUCUCAAGCAGAACGUUGCCAUGGGCUAUGUGGAAACCGCCUUCAGUAAAGCGGGCACAUCGAUCCAGGUAGAAGUGAGGAAGAAAGCAGUGCCGGCAGUGGUCAGCAAGAUGCCAUUCGUUCCCACCAAGUACUACAUGGGAUAGUAGAUCAACUGCUCACAAAGCAGUCUGUGUUUAUGAGAGGGUCUGCUAUAGACGAGGUCAUUGCCACUGGAAUAAAGACCAACAGUAGAGGUUAUGAGACACAUGUCAACAAUGAGCAUUCCAUAAUGCCAACUUACACAAUAUUUCUGUGUGUAAUUGUAUGUAAAAUACAUUCCAGCACAUUAUUGUGUAAUACUUACACAGAAAUGAUGACCACUUCACUAGAGGUUUGAAUCAAGUUUAGGAUAUAAGGAAGCAACACUGCUGUUUAUUGUGCGUAUGCGUGUGUAUGUGUCUAACAUAAAGCACUUAAAAUGUUAGUUUGGGUGUGGGAAGCUGACAUCUGUUUUAAAGAUUCCUGAGUAACAUUCCUUUAAAAAAGUCUAGUUGGUUUAUGCCAAUGUACUGCAUUACUGUCUGAAAUGUUUGUGUAAUUGACAAUAUUAAGAUAAUUAACAACUCUAAUGGGAUUGACAUAAAUUGUGUAGGAAAGUGCCUAAUUUCUCAAGAGUAGUUAAUCAUCAUGCUGUAGUAAUUAAUAACUUUAGACCACAACACUGUGAAGCCUUUCUGUCUGAAAGAACAGUCCUAUUUGUGUGUCAUUUUUGGGAAGUGAUUAAAUCAUUACAUUUUAUACAAUUUUAAUAUUAUACACCUUUUUCUGUUAACAUUUUAUACACCUUUACGUGAUUGGUGUGGUGGUGGAUCACUAAAAUGUCACUCAGGGUUACCAUAGUUUAUAUACCAAAACUCAGAUUCUCUGGGUGUACUUUAUUUGCUGGGUAAAGCAUGUUUAAAUAAAAUGUUAAUAUUU